GGACCAGGGAGACGAGGACCAGCAGCCUACGGAGAACAGGGACAUGGAUGCCCAAGAUAUCGACGAAGAAGAAGCCGAGAAGAGGACCGAUGACGCAGACUUCAGUGUCGUCACCAGGAGGAGAAAACGAGUGAGAGUUUCCUCCUCCUCCGAAGAAGAAGAACCAUCCAGGCAGCCAAAGAUGCCAGCUGCCACCAAGAAGAGAGGUCCUAGAGCACCCAGGACCACCGAGGCCCCCAUGGCAGGAACAGGAGUUCCGCCAAUCAAUAUCGAGGGCACCGCUGAUUGGUCAUCCUUAAGCAGGAUGAUGAACAGCAAGGGGAUUCAAUUCUCCAAGGCGAGGACGGCGGGUAACAGUGUGAAGGAGUUCACAAAUACACCAGCUGACUACGGUCAGCUAGUCGCACUGCUGGAAUCCAUCAAGCGGCCCUUCUUCACCUAUCAACUGAAGGAGGACAGGAUGGACCAGAGGGUCAUUCGUGGGCUACCCAGGGAGAUGUCAGUCAAUGACAUCAAAGAGGAUCUAGUGAGCCAAGGCAUCGCAGACGCCGAGGUUCAGUAG